AGAUGUUCUUGAUUGUAGAGGAGAGGAAUCUAUAUAUAUAAACAAAAGUUCUAGAAGCUACUGCACAGGGGGGAAAAGUGAAAUUGUACCUCCGUUUGGAUCAUCGAAGUAUUAAAUGUUAGAAGGCAGCUUUCAGUAUUCGGACCCUUCCUGGACCUCCUGCAAUACUUCCAUCUCUGAAGCCCUGAAUAGUUGGUGUUGCUGGUUCUGGAAUGCCACAACAAGAUAAUCUCUGUAUUCUUGGUCUGAAAAAAUACACACAGUGAACCAGUGCCAUCAGAAUUGGGUGUUAAGUGAUGGAUAGCUCAGCUGCCCAGAAGGAUGUGAUUUCAGGAUGGAGGCACUGCUAGAAAGAAUGCAAAGGCAAGGAAAAGGCAGAGGCUUCCUGACUUCUUGUGAGGCUGAACUACAAGAGCUGAUGAAGCAGAUAGACAUCAUGGUGGCACAUAAGAAAGCUGAAUGGGAAAGCCAAACGCAGGCGCUGGAGUCUUGUCUGGAUAUCCGAGAGCAUGAGUUGUCAUCCCUUAGGAAUGCAUUGGAUGAAAAACGCAGAGAGAUUGAGAGGUUAUGCCAGCAACUGGAAGGGAUGGAGCAACUCAAUCAUGAUAUUACUAUGGAGUAUGAACAACAGUUAAAAAAUGUCCAGGAAGAGCUAGCCAGACUAAAGAGAAGUUAUGAGAAAUUGCAGAAGAAGCAACUGAAAGAAGCUAGACAAGCUUCCAAGAACCAUGUGGAAGAAAAAUUUGAAGUAAGCAUCCUGAGCAAGAAGUUAGAGGAGUUCCGCCAAAAAUCUCUUGAUUGGGAGAAGCAGCGCUUGCGUUACCAACAGCAUGUGGCAUCGCUGGAAGUUCAGCGGAAGGCUUUGGCUGAACAGUCUGAGCUCAUUCAGACUCAGCUUUCCAGUCGGAAGCAAAUGUUUGAGACUGUGGAGCUGGCAAGCCAAUCUGAAAUCCAUCAUUUAACCAGCAAACUGGAAAGAGCCAAUGACACACUUUGUGCCAAUGAACUGGAAGUGGAAAGGCUGAAUAUGAGGGUAGAUGAUUUGACUGACACCAACCGGAAGAUUCUGGACGAACAAGAAAGAAUCCAAGAUGAGCUGAAAAUGUCCAGGAACUCACUGGAGGUUCUACGUGAGGAGAAGAUAGAACUCAGGGCCACUUUGCUGUCUCAAGAGGACUUCAUUAACAGUUUGAAGGUUCAGCAUGAGCAGUUACAGAAGGAGGUGUUCAGACUUAGUGAAACCCUGCACACCAAAGAAGUUAUUAUCAGGUCACUGGAAGAGUGCCUGCAGAACAGUGAAGGAACCAAAGAAAUCUACCACGAUGGGGUGGAAUCGGAUCACAUACUUCUGCAGCUAGAUCAUGCUCAGGGAAAUCAUCUAGAGGGCAGCCUAGGCUCUGCGAAUGCAAAGUGCCUCCAGCUGAGUGAAGAGCUAACGGAGAAGUGUCACAAGCUGCGGUUUACAGAAGAGCACCUCUGCCAGGCCAAAGCAGAGAUUAAAAAGUUGAAGGAGCAGCUCUUCCACAUGGAACAAAGUCACAGCAGUGAAUUAGAAGGAAUGAAGCAGGAGGUUUCCCAUCUAACGCGGGAACUUCACCAACGCGACAUCACAAUUGCCUCCUCCAGUGGUUCUACCUUGGGCUUGGAGCAACAGCUACGAACUGAGAUUGAAAAAGCAGAGCAGAAAGCAGUGGAACAGAAGGCUGUCCUAUCUCAGCUGGAAGCAGUCAAGCAAGAAAAUCAGCACCUCUCAGAAAUGCUGCAAAAGGCAAAAGAUGCCCCUUUAGUAGAACUCAAAGAAAGUUAUACCAAGGCCCUAAGUGAAGUGGAGUCUAAGAACCAGCAACUACAGAAUGAACUCUCAGAAACUCGAGCCAUCAUGGAAGAAUCCUCUCGGAUCUCACAAGACACGCAUGAUAGUAUUGUACUGCAGAUGCAGCAGCAGGUGACAGAGGUGAAGAAUACAGAGAGCAGGAGAAUGCAAGAGAUGCAGUGCAAGCAUGAAGAAGACAUGAGAGCUUUUCAGGCUCAAUUUGAUAGAACUGUUCAACACUAUGAAGAGGAACUCAAAAGAGUACAGCACUUGGCAGCCAAAACAACCUCUAUGUCUAGUACAACUGUUGGACCAUCCCCUCAGAUCAGCAGCGACUCUGUCCAAUCGGCUGAGGAUCCCUUCUUCAGAUUGGAAUCUGCUCAUGAUGUGUCAAGGGAGAGUCUCCUAAGAGAUGAGAAAAACAAUUCGCUUUUGUGUGCCCUGCCAACCACAGACAUAGGAGCAGCUGCGGCCAAGUUCCUGGAGGAAGAGGAAGUAAGAUCUCAACAUAUCUUGGAAUGCUUAGAUGCACAUAUUGAGGAAUUGAAAAGGGACAGUGAAAAGACAUUGCAACACUACACACAUCAAAAGUAACAUUGUUUCAAGGUCCAUUGAUUGAAGAGCUGGCUCAAUUUUAAGUUGCAUCAAGCAAUGGGCAAGAAGUGCCUCUGACAUUGGCGGCCCUCAAAAGCUACUAAUGGAUUCCCUCCUCCUUCACCCUGGGUUGUUCGGUGGUGGUGAAACCAAGGAAAUGAAGUUUGUCUGGAAUGAAACAUUUUGUCUGGUGGCAGUAAUUGCACUACUAUGUAAAACAUUUCUAGCUGCCUAAUUGUGUCCUGUUGCCUCAGAGCAUGCAGUGACCUUCAGGAGGGAGUUAUUUAUGUAGCAAACUCUAUGGAAAUUAUCUAUUUUUAAAAUGUAUAUAUGUGAAGAAAUAAAACGACAAAUACCCCA